AAUCAGAAACCGGGGAAAAUCGUUGGAGGUCGGGUGUCGGCUAUUUUGUUCGUCUUAAAAUGUAUUUUUGCAUUGACGAUAAAUUAGCAAAAUAACUAAAAGUAUAUAUCUAACACACCCAUUCGGUGUGGAAUCAAGAUGUUUGUCGAUACUGAAAUACUAAAGGCCAUUUCAUUUAAGGAAACAGCCAAAUUACCACGUCGUUAUUGGAUUUUGGUGUUACUCCGAUUUCUGUUCACCAUACUUCCGCAGCGCGGCUACAUACACCCAGACGAGUUUUUUCAAAAUGUUGAAGUGAUCGCAGGCGAUAUCUUCUCAAUCGACGUAUCAAAAACAUGGGAAUUCGACCCAAAAUUUCCAAUCAGAAAUAUAUUCGUACCUAAAAUGAUACUCGGUCCGCCACUUCACUUCAUCCAAUUCUUCAACCCCUACUUUAAACACUAUGUUGGAAUCGAUCUGAAAACACCAUACUAUUUGUUGGUGAUACCGCGACUUUUCAUAUGUUUCUUAUCCCUUAUAAAUGACUUCUGUUUGUACAGAAUUUGCGUCUUAUACGGACAAAAUUUCAGACACAGACUUACUAUAUUCGCCAGCUCUUACGUGGUCUUUGUCUACUGUUGUAGAAGUUUUUCAAACACGUUUGAAACGAUACUCUUUUCGAUGCUGCUCCUCAUAGUCGCAGAAACCAUGCAGAAGUCUGAUAAAGUCAUCUAUCAUAAUGAAUUUUUAAAAGAAAAGUAUGAAAAAGCUGCUACAACUGUCGAAAAAGUGAAGAUUUUUAAACUGUCGACGCAUUUACCGCAGCAUUCAUUGAACAAUGUGAUCAUUUUGGCCACAAUCGUGGUCGUUGGUAUUUUCAAUCGUCCUACAUUCGUAUGUUUUGCGUUUGCUCCUAUAUUCUUUUGGCUGCAUCGGGGAUUGGGUUCCACAGUGGUGGGGUUCAAAGAUUUCCACUUUAGGAUAUUUACGUUUAUAAUGUGUGGCAUACCUUCUGCGUUGUUGCUUAUCCUGGUGGACUCCGGAUACUAUGGGUACAUAACGAUGGCGGACGUAGAGUCGCUACAGAUAUCGUGGGACAACUGGGUGGUGACGCCGCUUAACUUCCUUCGGUACAACUCGGACACCGGGAACCUGAAGAAGCACGGCCUUCACCCGCGCUGGCUGCACGUAGUCGUCAACGUCCCGCUGCUGUUCAACGUGCUCGGAGUACUCGCUAUUAUCAUGCUAUCGGUCAAUGCGUACAGAUUUGUUCGCGGCCAGUACAGCAAAUUGCCAAGAAUCCAAAGUAUCACUGGCCUAAUGAUGUUUUCUCUAGUCAUACCUAUUGCAGUGCUUUCUUAUUUUCCACAUCAAGAAGCUCGUUUCAUCGUCCCAGUGGUGGUACCUCUGAUUUACCUGUUCGGCAACUAUCUCUAUUCUAACGAAAUCGAGGGAAGAUUUACUAGAAAGUGGAAAUUCAUUUUCCGAUACGUUUGGUAUUUAAUUAAUAUUUUGCUUGCUAUAUUUUUCGGUUUAAUUCACCAGGGAGGCAUAUAUCCGUUAGCCAAAAGCAUUCAUCAUGAUAUUAAGAAAGCCAGUAACUACGGGCAGCAUACCUACAUUGUAACGACGCACAGUUACAGCAUACCGACAUAUUUGCUCCAAUUGGAGAGCACCACCAAAGUGUACAAGGACAAGAAGACAGGACACAAGUACCGAUUGUCGCCCACCACGUUUAUACACAAGUACGGAUCCAUACCUGUAGAUGCAUUAUUUGAUAAGGUGGACACCAUGCUGACUAACGCGGAAAGGCUAAAGGCAGAACACAAAAAGAAAUACAAGUUCUACAUUGUCACUCCAUGUUCUCUGGAUAUUGAAGUCAAGAGGACUGCAGCCAAAUACAAUUACUUCAAGUUAGACCAGGUAGGUUCUUACUUCCCGCACUUUACUUCGGAAGCACUCCCUACGUUUCCGGGGAUAAAGCAUGAAUAUUGUGCCAGAAAUUCUAGCGUUCCACCUCAUAAAAUGAUUCUUGCAGAAAGACUUGCGUGUUAUUUAUCAAUGUACUGUCUUAAAAAUUAUCAGGUUAGGGUGAUUGCUACAAAACUUUAUUGAUAAUAUUUAAUGUAUUUAAGUCAGUUUACAUUUCCACUAAGUUACGUUUUAAACAGGCCGCCUAAUUUCAUUGUGAUUUUUUUUAUUACAAUUUGCUCAAUUUAAGUUUAUUGUCGCAGAUAAGAUCUGAUUCUGUUCAAAAUCUGAUCUGAUAUUUAGUAUAUUUUAAUGUGCGUAGCUUUGACCGCAGGAAAAAUAUACGACGUCUUUGUUAUACAUUAUCAAUAAGUUUGUUAAGUUUUUAGGCAGAAAAGGAAGGCAGCUUUAAUAAUGCUACUAUUUAUCCCAGUGAUGUUUUUCUAUAAUUGUUUAACAAUUUAUAGUGCGACUUAUAUUGUUUUGAGUUGGAAGACUCAAGUUAAAGACUUGUGUCGUUGUAAGAGCGCAUAGGUAGGCGGUAGGCGAGUCCGUGUUUAACAAAAAUUGACUUUAUCUUUUUAGUAGCAAGUGAAUGUUAUUGCUUUACAAACAAAUUGGUUGCCAUGAAAUUUUGAAUCUCAUUUAAUCUCUGUAUGUCUGUUAUUUUAAUUUGUAUAAUCUCAAUUUGCCAGAAGGCAUUUUCGUAUACAAUACAUAUUUUAUUUUUAUGUACUAGAUAUGUAUAUUAAUUUACAUCAUUAUGUGUAUCACCUACGGGUAACAUUUUUAAUUUUUGACGACAUACAUUAGUUCUAUAAAGCUUCUUAUUAAUUAAUUUUAAAUUAAUUGAUUAUAAUUGUUAUUAAAAUUGAAUAUUUUUAUACUUUUAUUUUAUUUCGUGAUUUGUUAAUAAAUUAGCAUUUGUAUAUUAUGAACUUUUGACUGAAAAGUAAAAAUGACUUUGAGGGUGUUAUAAGUCUGUUGUACUUUUGAAACUUACGGACUUUUUAACAGGACGUAAAAUAUUGCUAAUCACCGAUACAUUUCUUUUUUAAUCAUAAUGAGACAAAGGCGAAGUGUAAAUUAAAAACUGUGCCAUUUAUAAUUUUCUGUGCAAUAAAGUAUAACUAAACAGAUUGAAAGCGGAACAAAUACGUUCUUCUACAAGUUACAACGUAAUGAAUCCUUUACAUACCUAUUCAGUAAUUUUCAAACUGACCACCAGUUAGAAAUUAGGUAAAUAUUAUACGUAUUAAAAUAUUGUAUUCAAUUCAAUGUGUAGCAUUUUUUAUACUAUCAAUAGUAGGAAAUAACUAAUCAAGUACCUAUGUACCAAAUAUAGAAUUCGAUAUCGAAUAGAUUUUAAUUGUACGAAUUUUUACUUUCCCAGUAUUUAUCUUAAAAAUCUAGUGGACUUUACAUUAUCGUAAACUCGUAAUGCUUUUUGCUAUUUAAAUGUAAGGUAUAUCUAGUCUGUAAUUAUUGGAAAUAAAGAAUCAUUUAUUA